AUGUCGUCAAUCGCCCGGCCACCAGACCCGCGACUGGUGGCCAUAAUCCUCAUCGUGCGCUCGCGUGCUGGACCCCGCCUAGUCUUCCACUACCCGCCCAACCCACUGCACGAGAACCGCCUGAGAACCACCACGAAAGGCGGCCGCCGCAUCUCCCGCACCCGCACCCGCCAGGGCCACAAGAACACCGACUCAAGCUCCAGCGAUGAGAGCGGACUCAGCUCAGACGAAGAUGAGGAGGAUCGCGGCGAGCGCGAGCCCCACCCGCCUCCUGCGGGCCCGCCGCUGGGCCGGCGAACGAGUAAUUUCGGGCUGGGAAUAGAGGAUCAUGGGUCCUUGGUUGGGUCUCCUGGGACAGUGGUGGAGGCGCAGCGCCCUGGAUCACUGGGAUCAGGCCGGGGUUCUGCGUACAGGAAGCGGACGGGGGUGGGAUCUGACGAUGAGGAGGCGUCUGAUGAUGGGCGGGCAGGUCCAUUUCGGGCGCCGUGGGAAUCGUUGUUGGGGUUACCGGGGAGUGUGUGGGAGAAGCUGCUUAGUCCGUCGCGGUCAUGGCACAAGCGUCGGUUUGAGGUGGGGAUCAAUGAUCUUGCGCUGAUCGGAUGGCCUGUUUUUGUGCGGGAGGAUGGGACGUGGAGGAAGCAGCGGCGGAAGAAGAAGAAGAAGCAGGUUUCGGAAUGGGAUGGCGGGGAGCUGGGGCAUAAUGAGGCUGCGGAGAGGACGGCAGAGGAGGAUGGAGAGCCGGUAUCUGAUCUUACUGCGAGCAUCGCUUCGCUUGCGGAUUCGACAAUUUCGCCGACGGACUCGAAGAGAGCAUCGACGAGUGGCUGGAGGCCUAGUGGGAAGCCUUCUGGGGGUGAUCCUGAGGACAAGGAUCAUAUGACGAUGUUCAAUGUGGUGUUUGUCAUGGAUCCGCCGUUGCUGGAGUACUCCGGACGGGUGAAGGAGAUCUAUGAAAAUGUGAUCAAGAAGUUCGCGAAGGCUCUAAAAUGGGAGCAGGCUCGUACGGACUAUGUCUGGAGGGAAUCGCAGCAUAUCUUACAGAUGCGGCGAAAUGCUCGAGAGAACAAAUCGCUCUCCCACAAUCUGUACACGGAUCUGAUCAACAAGUCAUCCCUGGCGAGAGCUAUCUAUACCGUGUAUACCAGCAUCUCAGCGUCGAAGAUCUCUUCUGUUUCACUCAGCCCGGACGUCUCUAUCUCGCUCCAAAUUCCUCCUCUAACAUCUACCUCCUAUGUUCCUGGCCCUGGGGAGAAGUCAUAUCCAGGCCUUUGGUUAACAACCGCAGAUAGCGCGACUCCCGUGGACGAACCCGCCACUGACGAGAACGGUACAACUCAUCAUGUACUGGCAAGGCAUUUUGCUUUAUUGCUGCUUGACAGUGAAGCAGCGAUUAUCAAAGACGUUGAAGCCUCUGGUGGCACGCUUGCUCCAGCAUUGGCACAUUACAUCAGUUGCUCAAAACCUACCAAAUCGUUCGCGCAAAUCUCCGCUUCUUCAGGCAUAUCACUCUCCACAAUCCAGAUGUUGGCUAGCCAUUUGGUUUACUGGCGCCGCGCUCGAGCAAUCCCCCCUCUCCACCAGCGAGACACCUACAUCGUCUCUCCUAAUUGCGACCUCAGCAAGCUUGAAGUUGCAACUAUUGCCUAUCAAACCGCGUUCCCAACCAUGCCGAGUCUCCCAAAAAUGCUUUCGACCUUGAGCGGCACGCCUCGCCCCUAUGGAAGCUUCAUUCCUAGCAAAGACCACAAGGAAACUUACUUUGCUAUUCUGGCCUGGCUUCUCCGUGGAGGUUGGGUCACACAGCUGCGCACAUUUGCCCGAGUAAAAGUCACACCCGAAAUCAAGCUAGCGGUCGAGUUAGCUCUACGAAAGGAGGAAGUCGACCGCUACCUCGCCAAAGGGAUCGCUAGCUCUGCCAUUGAAGAUGGCGAUGAGCGGAACACCUCCGAGGAUGGCGAUGCCGCGUCUUCUUCCUCAUCCUCUCUCGGAAGCCAUGGCAGUGGUGACGAGACACCAAUGCCAGGCCGUAAUGACCCGCAAGCCCAACUUCGACGCUCCCACAAGCUCCUGGACCGAUCAACUGCACUACGUCUAUCGUCUUUGAUUCACUCACCGCACCGCGCAUCCCCGCUCGAAUCGAGGUGGCUGGACGAGAUCGUGUCCCGAUUCCCCGAAGCUGCGACGGCAGAGCAGUCCUUCGAGAGCAUUAGCCCGGACAUUUCAAACGACUAUGCCAGCCUGACGAGAAAGUACUGGCCCGUCUUCCUCAAAUACUUCAACGGCUUCGAUGCCCUGGAGAAAAUCCCCGUCCGCGAAAACAUGAAACGGAAGCUCGUCUGGCAGAUUCUCGCGCGACUCAGCGCCAGCAGCGCCUCAGAGGGAGAUCCGCGAGAGCAAGUUUUAGUUAGUGUGCGGCAUUGGUAG